UGAGUGGCCGAGCUGGGAGAAGCCGCCGCUCUCCUGUCUGGGGAAGGAGGGCGUGUGAGUCUCAUCCACCUGGAUGUCAACAGCUUAUGAGCUGUAUGUUUGUUUAUUUCGUUUGCUGAAAGGUUUAGCUCGGUAUUUGUUGAGAAUACCGGUGUAUAAUGAGGUAUCUGUGCUAAAGGAGGAGUUGCUGUUGUUAUUUGGGAAUGUCAAAGUCGGGCUGGUUUGUAACUUGGAGACGCGUUUGCUCAUUUCCUGUUGCUGAACGCUGGCCACAACGUUUCCCUCCUCCCUGAACAUUAUUUUGGGAUGCUAAAUCGCAUUUGAUAGUGUGAAGAUGAGUGUGACCUCAUGGUUCCUGGUGAGCAGCUCGGGCACGCGCCACCGUUUGCCACGUGAGAUGAUCUUCGUUGGCCGAGAGGACUGUGAGCUGAUGCUGCAGUCUCGUAGCGUGGAUAAACAGCAUGCUGUGAUCAACUAUGACCCAACCACGGACGAGCACCUUGUGAAAGACCUUGGCAGUCUUAAUGGGACAUUUGUGAAUGAUCUUCGCAUCCCUGACCAGACCUACAUCACCCUGAAGCUCUCUGAUGUUGUUCGCUUUGGAUAUGAUUCUCAUGUUUAUAUCAUGGAGCGGAGUCAACACAAAGUCCCAGAGGAGGCUCUUAAGCAUGAGAAGUACACGAGUCAGCUGCAGGUGGGUGUAAAUCCUCUGGAGCUCGGGAAGACGGAGCAGGUGGAUGAGAAGACGAGCGCUGUAGACAUGCCGCAUUCCAAACACGAAAAGAACGAGCGCAAAUCCAAUAUAGAGCCGCCAGUCUUCAAGCCCACUCCUUUGUAUGGCCAACCCUCAUGGUGGGGUGACGUUGAUGAAGACCACAAGGGUGAGCCUAGUGAAUCAAGCAGCCACCACAUAAAUGCAGAGAAACAGAAGGAAGACGCUAAUGGGCUCUCCUCUGAACAGCAAGGAAAGGCCAUUUACUCCAGUCGAAGGGAUGCGAGCUACUUUGAAAUUACUGCCAAAGAAUUGCAGUCAAGGCCCAAAAGUACAGAGCAAGAGGUCCAGGUGAUCCCAACGAAAGACACGGUCAAUAAAGCGCCUCCUACUCCCCCUGUAGUGCAGAGCCAUGCCUCCUUCACCAUUGAGUUUGAUGAUUGCACUCCUGGAAAGAUUAAAAUCAAAGACCAUGUUACAAAAUUCUCCUUCCGCCAACGCAAGAACCCCAGCAAGGAGUCACUCGCCACUCUGUCAGAGGUGAUGUCAUCAGAGAGCAAGGUGGCUGAUUGGCUGGUGCAGACUGACCCAAGCAUGAUGAGAAGAAAUUCCAGGUCAGAUGAGCUUCACACCACCAAGAGCGACCUUUCCAUAAACAAAAAUGCUCUGAAAGAUGGGCACCAUCAUGAGGACGGAACACAAAGCGACUCUGAAGAUCCUGUCUCGAACCUUCAGGACCUCUCAAGAGAGCUGACUCCCCAACAGCUUUUCACUCCUCCAGAGAGAGAGGAACCUCACAUGACCUCCACCCCACGUUAUCAGACUCAACCUAAAAAGGACCCUCAGCAAGCUUUUGUCAUCAAUUUCCUUGAUGACGACAUGCACAAGAGUCGCUCUCAGUCCUUUACUAAUAACAUGUCUCCAGCGGAAUCCCAUGCGGCCCUCAAAAGAAGAACAGAGAAGACGAAAGGAGCAGUCCAAUCUGGAGAGAGUUUGACAUUCUCACCUGUACUGAACACGCCCACUCAGCGGUUUACUGUUCCUCUCAAAGGUUCUGAUGGUCCUCUGAGAGCUGGAUCACUGAGAAGAGAGAAGAGUGAUGUUUUAGCCAAUACUUCAAACUUUUCUUCUCGCUCAGCUUCCUCAAGACCAUUUGGAAGUGUGGGUCGCAAGUCCAGACUGGCACUGGAUUUUAUGACCGAGUUUUUUACGGGGUCAAAACCAAGUUCCGCUGCUAAGUCCGAGAAGUCUACUCCAUCUACACACUCGAAAGCUUCCAGCAUGGUCUCAGCAGUAGCAGAUAAUUCUACCCAGUCUCAGCCUUCAGCCAUGGAUCAGAGUCCUGUCUUAUCACCUUCCCAACAGCUAGAAUCUUCAAAACCCCUGCGUGCAUUCAUGUCUACCAGUUGCACAGAUGGGAAGACCCCUAAAGGUUCCAGGCAAGAAGAGGAGGACACCUUGAGUGAUGCUGGCACCUACACCAUUGAGACAGAGGGACCUGAUAAAGAGGUGGAGGAGGCGCGUAAGAUGAUUGAUCAGGUAGGGUCAGUGGUAUUGACUACUGGGGACACUAAAUGGGUUUCACGUUGGGCGAGUUUGGCUGACAGCUAUUCAGACUCUGGUCCAGUUUCAGGACAGAGCGACAUUUCUGCACAGAUGGAUCUUUCAGGAGUUGGACAAAUUAUCCCUCAGUCUAUGCAUAACCGAACCAACGAGAGCACAGGGGCAGAGGACGGCCAGGCUUUCAGAGCACGACGAAUUCUACCUCAGUUGCCCACAAGAGUGGAGGAGCAAGUGCCACCACCUAGUAUUCAUGUACAGCCAGAAUCUUACCCAACAUAUGACCCUGUGGAGAGGAACAUACAAGGUUCACUGCAAAAAGAUAAGAAACUGUACGUCACGGAUGAUCUAGAUCCAGACAGUCUGAGUGACGCUAGUAAAUCAGAUGAUGGUUCCAUCAUAGAGCAGGAUAGAAAAACUAGCACUGGAAAAACAGAAAGGACUUGGUCAGAGGUUAAGGCCGAGACAUCAUCUAAGGAAGAUGUAGUGACGGGAAAAGUGGCAAAGGAUCAAGAUUUUACCACAAAGUUCUCUACAGCCACCAUAACUAAACAGCACGGCAACCGCAGGUCUGGUGAUUCCAGUGUUUCUCCAUCUGGUAAGGAUGCUGCUACGUGCAUGGAAAACACUGUGUCGCUCAUGAGACAAGAGAGCUUUACCAAACAUCGGUCCAGUGACGACAUUCACUUUCUGAAAUUGCCCCAUAUCACAAGUCUGGAACCUAGCAAUGAUACAAAUGCAUUCAAAGGUGUGUGCAACCAAGACACUCAGUCUUACCUUAAAGAGACAGAGAAUGUGCUCGCUGUUUUAGAGUCCAAACUCCAAGUGCAGAAGCACAACCGUGUCCCCUGCCCUCUGGAGGACUCGCUUUCUGGGGAAUCAGAUGUAGACACAUCCAGUACAGUCAGUCAGCGUAGUGGUAGAAAUUCUGGCACUUGUGCCCCUAAAAAGCCAGUGAUCCUCAGUGAGCUGAUGAAAGGGAGAAAAACUGCUAGUCAGCGUGCUCAAGAGCAGAAUUCAUCUGGAGAUCCUCAGUCUCGCAAGUACAGGCUCAGUUCAGCAGACAGUAACUAUAAGGAAUCAGGUAAGACCUCUCAGAGGUCCCCCAUGCAUCAGUGGUCUGGUGCUGUUUCAGACCAGGAGUCCAGCUCCCAACCUGUUCAGAGAAAGUACACCAUCCCCCUUAAGAAUGAAAGCUCUAGGAGAUCCCUCAAAAGUACAUUGACCUCAGUGCUAGCUCGCUCUGGCAGCCUUUCUGCACCAAAACCUACGAGGACGUCCAUGCUACGCCGUGCCCGCCUCGGCGACGCAUCCGACAAUGAUAGUACAGAGACUGACCGCACCUCUCAGAACUCGGAUGCCAAUUCAUCUUCUGCCAGAACCCAGGAGAGUAAAAAGCUUUCUAGGCUGGACAUGUUGGCUAUGCCGAGAAGGAGAACCAGCUCUUUCACUGCACCCAGUGAGACGGAGUCCUCAGCUGGUAGGACUGGCUUUUCCAACCGCUCAGAGGCAGAGUCUGGUUUUUCAGCACGUAAGGCUUCAGUACCUGACCUCAAGACUGGUACACACAGGAGUUCUGGGACAACAGUCAGACAACCAAUCAUCCGUGGGCGAUCCAGCAGUGCAAAAUAUACCAGCAGUACAGCCAGCUCCAGGAGACGUCAGAAGGGCUCAGACUACGCCUCCACUUCAGAGGAAGAGUAUGAAUCUAACCAUAGCAUCGCUAAACAUAAACGCUCCCACCAUUCAGGAGCCUUGCACAGCUCUAGAACCCAGACUUCUGACCAGGUUCAGCCUCCAUCCAGGAGCAGAGACUCUGAAGGCGAGGGACAUGAGAGUGACAAUUUCCAGAACUGGACAACUCAUAGUGCGGAGAUUGCCAGGCUGAGUCAGGACCUGGCUAAAGACUUGGCCAUCCUGGCCCAGGAAAUUCAUAAUGUUGCUGGUGAUGGUGAAACUCCGAAUACCGCCUCUGUUGAUGCAUCUGCUUGCACGGAGUUACGGCAACAGAUUCCUGAGACCAGCAUAAACCACUCUAAAGUUCGACAAAGUUCAGCUGUGUGCAGGAAUCCUGAGCAGACUGUUGGUGAUCAAGGGCUCAAACACCAGAGCUGGAAACAGGAACAGGUUGCUCUGGAUAAUUCGAUGCUGAAUCCUGUCUCGCAACUUUCCAUGGCUAUCCGAGAAAACACUGAGCAACUGACUGAGAAGAUCAAGCUUUUGUUCCAUAAUAAGACAGAGGUGUGGGAGGAAAUGGAGACAAUGCUUGAUGCUGCUGCUGAUUCUCCACCUUUGGAAAAUCCAAACAAGGAAAUCAUGUCUAUUAUCCGAGAUCUGAGGGGAAUCCAGAAGCGGUUAGAAGUCAUCAACACAGUCAUUGAGCCCAGUGGAAAUGUAAAUCUGGUCAAGUCUUCGCCUGUAUUAAGCCACUCUUCAGCAGGUCUAAGCAGUGUCAGAGGUUCUUCCAGAGAUUGGAGAGCCACUGCUUCUCCAAGGGCUUCAGGAUCCUUAACCAGUGCUCGACGCUUUGGUAGAGGGAAUGAUGGUAGGGUUCUGUAGUAUGGGAGUAAGGAAGUCCUUCGUCUCCUAUGUUUCUGUAUGCCAUGUCUACUAAAGCUGCUCAUUUGUACACAAGUGACCAAUGGUAUGAAAAAUUAAUUAUUAUUAGCCUUAAGAUUGGGGUUCGGUAUUAAUACGGGCAUUUGCACUUUGUGUGAGUGAGAGUGAGUGAGCGAGUGAAUGAAAGAGCACCUCUUGCAUGGCAAUACAAGAUGAGGAUCCAAAUCUAGUGAUUGGAAGUACUAGCAGAUUGGGUACAGGCACUUCAAUGAGUGCCGUUCAUGUACUGUAUAAUAUUUAUGACACUGUAUUUCAGUUUGAUCAUUUUGUUAUUCCCUCAGUGAUUGAUAGGUUUGUAAAAUAAAAAAAAAGCAUUAAACAUUAUUUAGGGUGUUUUAUAUGGACGGAUCAUUAAAGAAUGUAUUACAGGGAUGUAUUUGGUUUUUCUUUAUUACAUUGUCUCAAAUAGUGAGGUAUGUACUUUGAUUCAUAUGAAUUUUUCUGUUGAACACUAGAAAGCCAGUUACUUUAAAUACACUACACCAAACCAGUUGAAUUGUCAUUCUGAAUUUCUCUUCUUGUCUGUAAUGAUUGUAGUCCUUACAAGUUCAACAUAAUAAUGGAAAUUCCUUGUUUUUUGAAUCAUUACAUGUGCUGGUUGAUUUUAAAUAUGAAAAUAUUUAAAACCCACAAAUCAGAAAAAGUUGGGACGGUAUGGAAAAUGCAAAUAAAAAAGAAAGCAGUGAUUUUCUGAA